UCUGAAGAGACGUGCGCGAACAAAUCAACAUGGCGGCCUUCAAUCUGAGUCGAGUGAAACAGAAAACUCCUAGAAAUACUCUAUAGAGAUCAAUUUAUCAUAGAUGCCGUAAUGGCUAAAGGAGUAGAUGAAGUCUUGAAUUGUCUAAGGCAAAUGCAAAAGAAUCUAGAGUGCUCUAUAUGCUUGGAAUUGCUGAGAAAUCCGCAUUCUACAAAGUGCAAUCACCAGUAUUGCUGGGAUUGUAUCAACCAGGUUCUUGAGAAAAGCAGCAAAAAGAGCAAGAAUAAAUGGUUUUGUCCCCUUUGUAAAACUCCUGUUACAAGACGAAGCCUAACACCCAACCCAAAGCUCGCAAAUAUAGUGGCAGCCGUGAAAAACCUUCAAGAUGCAGUUACUUGUGAUAUAGAGACACCUGGUCCAACUUCAGAUUGCACUCUACUUAAUUUUCUGGACACUCAGGCAAUUGGAAAUGUCUCACCAUCGAUCACCAAUAACCAGAUACAGGAAUCAUCGCAACAGAACAACUUAAGGAGAAGCAAACGAAACAAUAGUGACUGCCACAAGAAACUUCUAUCUUCAAAAACACAUGUUUUUAUUGAACCCCAAGAUGAUCACCAUCCAGCUGUUCCAGCACAAAUCAUAUCCAACACAAAUAUAAGAUCAUCUUUUCCAAGAACUCCAGAUGUUUCGAAACAGACAACAACUAAAAGACAACAACUACAUCAGAGGUCCAAAAGAAAAGCUACAAAAAGGACAAGGAAAAGCACUACGCUUUCAUCCAGACCAGCAAAUGCCAACCAGCCCAUUGCAGCAGAUCUGUUAGAAGCUAUCAAUUCGAUAUCGUGCAGAGAAGCAGGUGCAAGUCCAAGGGAUACUCAGGGUUGCAGCAGAGACACUGGUACUUUUCAAGAGAGGGAAUGCUCCUUGACAUAUGGGGUCCAAAAUGUAUUACCCAUACCCACCACUGAGCCCAACUCACCCAUAAAGACAACAGCUAUGGUUUCCAGUAUAACAGGACAUCCACAGAUUACUACCACUUCACAGAAUUUCCAGAAAGCAGAGGAUAGCGAGAGUGCCACAGAGAGUAUUUCACUUCUUUAUCAGCUUGAAUCGCAUGCCACAAAGAACUCUGGAAAAGGAGUGACAAAAGGGUCGCCCCUGGAAGCACCUAGGGACCAGAAGGCACUCAAUAACUACUCAAGUCCAUGCCAUAAAGCGGUAACCCCCGAUAUGAAAGUAAUCAAUUUGGGAAGUCCUCACAAUGUCUAUGAUGAUGAUUUGGAUUUAAGUGAGAGGGUUAAACUGAGGCGAAGAAAUAGUGCAGUGACUUGGACUGAAAAGUCCCCUUUGACCAAUACUCCGAGUAGUAGAAGCAAAAAAAAUGUGAACUUAUCAAAUGAAACUAGAAGGGCAAAGAAAUCUAGGCGAUCUGACAAUUCGGAUAGCUUUCUCUUGUUUUCAAGAAACUCAGAUGACGAUAAGAUUGAUAUUAAAAACAGUAACAUCGAACAAGCUAACUUGAAAGAACAAGAAACAUGCUCUGAGCUCCCUAUUUCCAAAGAAACAAGCAAAUGCAUGACCCAGCCGUCAUUAUCUGAUUCCCUCACAGCAACUACGUCUAAUUCAGCGUCUCCUAGCCUCCUUGUGAAGAGCUCUCCACUUCACAAACACACACAGAAAACGCUAGAGAGUGAAGAGAAUUGUGGACCUUGUCUUUCACAUUUAGAUGCCAUCCCACCAAGCUACUCCUCCCCCGAGCUCAGUCACACUUUAAUGAUCAAUCCUCUAGCACAUACCACUAUCAACUCAAUGGUAAAGCCAAAAAGUAAGCUUGACAGAGCAAAUGAACCAUACCCAAAGGCAGUAAACAACAGAGUCGGCGAUUUCAGUAGCCCCUCCACCGAAUACAGCAUUUGUUCAGAGAAUAAGCCAAGUGAUUUGCUUGAUCCUGAAGGGGAAAAAGUGUUUACUCCUGUAUCCCCCGCUGGGACACAGGAUUGGAAUACCCUUGCACAUAAUAUAAUGCCCACUCCGACCACACCCUGUCUUUUUGCAGAGAGUACAGAGGAACGUGAAUCCAACAAAAGUAGUACUACAUCAGAGAAACCAGAAAAUUCUGAAAAUAAAGUGAGGCCAGGAACGAAUGAUCUAAUGACCAGUGGUAACGAAUCUUCAUCGCUACAGAAGAAAAAUGAACCACCUAAGAGAUAUGAAGACAAUAUCGUUCACUCCGAGAGUUUAAACACACAGCAAAGUUCGGAUCCCCAAAGUAUGUCCUUGUUACAUGACAUCGAAGAAGUUGAGUUAUAUGACAAAGAGAGCUUGCCAAAGCUAGCUCCACUGGAUGAAGCUUCCCUAAACCGCACAACUGUACAUUGCAGUGCUGAAGACAGCGUUAUACCUUGCUGUAAAGUAGAUGAUACAAAAAGAAAACAAUCAGAGGAAAAGAAAUGCAGUUCACCUGAACAAUUUGAAAGCAUUGGAGACAUUAUACCGCCUACACCACCUGUUAUUGCCAAGAAACAUCCACAAUUAAAGGCCAAAUGUGCAGAGAGUUGUCACCAAAGGGUGCAUCCAGUUACUAACACUUGUGACAUUGACGAAUGCAAGAACGAGCCAUUUGGCGAAAAUGAACUUGUUAAAACGUAUAAUGAUACCAAUAGUGGAUCUUGUAAGAAUAGCGGAGAUGAAAUGCAAAAUAGUCGCCAACGCUCUUCAAGUAACAAAGGAUCACUUGAACUUGAUUCAAAUGGGCUUGAAUCAACAGAGACUCAAAUGAAACAUUUUAUGAAUAAAGAAAUAAUGCCAGACGAAGUAUGCCAAACUAAAGAACCUGAUUUGAAACGGAGGAGAAUAGAACCUGUGAUCUUAGAUAGUGACGCGGGAGAGUCAGAUGACGACAUGCUGAUGAAGUCGGUCUUUCUAUCAAAGGACGAACCUGCUGAGAAAAGACAAGAUGAACGUGAGAAUGGUAUUUGUGCCACUACAAUGGGUAAUCACUCUAGGAGGUCGUGCUCUAAGGGCCAAAAGGACCCAUCAGACCACAGUGCAGACAAUACGCCAGCUUAUUUAAUGAACAGACAACAGCGAAGCGAGGAAUGUGAUUUUCAAUAUGCAGUAGAAAAAGAAGAAAAAUAUAAACAUGAUAAAGUAAUAACAACAGAAACGUUUCAUGGAAAGAAACACGAAGGCGUUAAAGAGUCAAUUUGUCGUCAGGAAGGAAAUGGUAAUAUACAGUCUACAGAUAAGGUCAGGCCUACAGGGGAUGAAUCAGGGCAAGUCUGUCUGGAGAAGACAGGAGACGAACCAAGAAAAUCCGAUCUUAGAAAUCUAGCGGAGAUUGAGAAGGAAACGCAAGCCCACAGACACAAAGAACACGGCCUGCUAGAAGAUAGGGAUCAAACAAGGCAAGACCAAGAACGCAGUCUACAAGGGACUGAAGAUGAAACAAUACAAGAGCAAGAACAUAAUCUUAGGGGGACUGAAGAUAAAACAAUGCAAGGCCAAGAACACAAUCUACGAGAGACUGAAGAUAAAACAAUGCAAGACCAAGAACACAAUCUAAGAGGGACUGAAGAUAAAAUAAUGCACGGCCAAGAACACAAUCUAAAAGGGACUCAAGAUAAAACAAUACAAUCCCAAAAACACAAUCUAAGGGGGACUGAAAAUAAAACAAUGCAAGGCCAAGAACACAAUCUACGAGGGACUGUAGAUAAAACAAUACAAUUCCAAGAACACAAUCUAAGAGGGACUGUAGAUAAAACAAUACAAUUCCAAGAACACAAUCUAAGGGGGACUGAAGAUAAAACAAUACAAUUCCAAGAACACAAUCUACCAUACACUGGACUGUCAGGGACAGUGGACGAGACAGUAGACGAAAUGGAAGACCUAGAAAGUGUGUCUCAGUAUUCCCAAGAAAGUGAGCAUCUUGAUGCAGCCUCCUCGCGUCACAUGGAUAGCACUAGUGCUUCCUCCUUCCUUUCAGAUGUUCCCAUGGCAACACAGGAUAUUGCAGACAGAAAGGAGCGUGUAAAAACGGUGGAGCAAGAGAUGGCAGAGCUUCGAGCGCUCUUAGAUCGUGUUGAGCAGGAAAAACAACAAGUGGAAGACCUGGAAUCUACUCAAAGUCAACCUGAACACAUGGAUAUUGGCUCAGAUGAAGAGGAUGAACAGACAUCGCUAUCCCUCACGCCGCCACCACCGCUUGCGCAACACAAGGUUACCCACACGGCAGACCUCCCGUCUCCCCUGAAAUCAGUGUCUCGCUUUAUACGGGACGCCACCUUCAACGAGCUUGAUAUCGACUCCGCCGAUGCACUCAGGACUACACACUGUACGCCAACAUCAGGGGAGAAGCCGUCAAGGGAGGCAGCUUCUUUUGGGAGUCAUUAUAACAAUCGGGCAAAACCGAAAGAACACAACGCAAAGAAUACAGCCCGAUCUUUGAAGGACUAUUUCAAGCAAGUUAAGCUGGAUUCAGUGGAAGGAUGCGCCGACGCUAAGGAUACGAGGCGUUUGGAGAGCAUAACAUCAGCUCUUGCGCUAACGGCCGAAAACAGCGAUACGACUGGAAAACCAAUACCUGAUCUGUCUACUAAAAAGAAGAACUCGAAACUAGCGGAAAAAAGAGACGGUAACCCAUCGUCAAAAAUGGAUCUCACAAUCGAUCCUACAGAUGACGAGACACCACGUGUUCGUCCAAGAAAACGUUACCCACAGGUGUGUUUGCAGAAUACUCCAGAGAUUACCUGUCCAAAAGACACAGGCUCUGAUGAUGAGGUGAUUGUUUCCGAGAACACUCCACCCUCCAGCGUGUCGCGGCACAGGUCCCGGAGCAGGUCACGCCUUGAGAUUGUUUCCAAGAAAUCGCCUGCCGUUAACGUGUUGUGUAGUAGUCGCAUUGAGUCUCCAUCUCAGCAAAGUAUUCCUGAAGAGUCUUUGAAGCGCUCCUAUGUUUCAAACAAUCCCAAAAGUCCUCUCAUGGAGUCUAGCAAACUGCCAAUAAAACUCAUCCACGAUAAAAGCUCGCCGCUAGUCAAUAGUAAUUCUCAGAACUUUGUAAAACAACCUCCAGCGAUCCCCUCCGGAAAGACAGUUGAUGUCGACGUGAAAGAGAAGUCAUCACUUUCGAGAAAGGAUUUUGAAAACUGCAAUAAUGUAACGGGAAAAGACAGACAACCUCGAGCCGUGUCAUUUGUCACCACUCGGCUCAAUCGCGACUUGAUGGGUCAAACACGCAAGCUAGCUCAGAUGUACGGCGGCCGUGUAGCCAGUGAGUUCAACAAGAAGACCACGCAUGUAAUCAUGGCAACCGAUGAGAGGUUCAGAAUCUCGAAAACCAGUUAUACCAUGAAAUAUCUAAUGGGACUCGCUCUUGGGAAGUGGAUUGUGAGCCAUCAUUGGGUGACCGCAUGCAUCAAGGCUAAAGCACUUCUACCUGAGGACCAGUAUGAAGUGAAAGGUGAUCAUGAACUUGGACAGUCCCAUAUACCGAGGGUGGCACGCCAGGCAAGACGCAAGCAGCGUCCUCUGUUAUUGUGUAACUACAAUGCUCUUUGUUUGGAUGAAUUUCAUGGCUCAGUCUCUAAAGCUCAACUAUAUCAGCUACUUCAUUUCUGUGGUGCGAAUAUAUGCAGCAGCACAGAAGAGCUGACUGGAUACCAGGAUCAGCAUCCAGAUGUAAGGAGUGUAUUAAUCAUUGACAAAGAAGACUGCCAAUCUUUGGAGGCAAUUACAGGUUUAGCUAGGGUAUUGAAUAUACCUGCCGUCACAGUGGAAUGGGUAACCGACAGUAUUGCUAACUUCAGUGCUCAGGAUUUCGAAGUUUAUCAUGUGGGCUCUGAUGUAGAAAAUGCUGGCUGGCAGUUAUAGUAACAUAAAUAACUUAGUACUGAAGAUAAACUGCAAUAUCAUACAGCAGUCUUUCUUAUUUAAAAGAAAUGUAAUGAUAAAUAGUAAUAAAAACAUUAUGGUACA